AAUCGUACUUACUGUAUUUUUUGUAUGAAUUGUUAGGAUUUGGCCAUGGCUAGGGCGGUGGAUUUGUCCAGACCUGGACUGCCACCAGAGAAAGUAGAUGGUAGCAAGUCUCUGUACGCGUGUGUCUCUGUUUGCAAAGGCUACCCUUCUUACAUUAUCUAUUCUAUCAAAUUGAGCCAACUUCUACCAUCUGAAUACAUAUCUAAAUCCAAAUCCAAAGGUUGCGGCAGCUCCAGCGACAGUGACAGUGUCACCCUUUGCAGCUUACCCACUUCAACAUUAACCCCAAUUUCAUACCCAACCAUCUUCAGUGCCAGUCCAAGUUCCAGUUCCAAGGAACAAGAAGGAUGCAAUUCAUAUUCAGAAUUGAAAUGGAAUAGAUUCGCAACUCUUGGGGGUAAUGGUCUCCCCUACGGUAUGAAUUGCUGUGUUAUGGGCUCCAAAAUUAUUCUCGCCGGUGGCUUAUUCAAGAGUUCUGAAUAUAGCACUUGGAUUUUCACCUUGGAAACCAACCCAGCUCUGGAUCCCAAGCCCGAAUUCCAGAACAUAAACAAGAAGAAGAAGAAGAUGAAGAACAACAACGACAGGAAAAACAACUUUUCUCUGAAACCUCUAAGCGCUGGCAAAUCUGACCCCCUAUUGGUGGAAAUUGAGGGCAGGCUCUAUGCCCUCGCUGGCAUUCCCCUUAUGCCCAUUGAGGAGUUACCCAGCCCUACUUUUGAGGUAUUUGACCCAUCCACCCAACAGUGGUCACCUCUCCCUCCCCCUCCAUUUUUCAACCUUAAUGAACCUUGCUGUUUUGCCCCAUGGCACGACGAUGCUCGUGCUUGCUUCGAUUAUGUAGUGAUGGACUCUAGGAUCUCUGUUUGUGGUCCUUUUAGUGUGGGAUACACCUUCGACAUACCCACCAAAAAAUGGUUUCACUGUUUAUACUUUGGUAUGAGUCCGAGUCCAUUUCCACUUUUCAAGUUUCAAGAGUUAAUCGACGGAGUAUUUAUCUUGACUUGUGGGAAAAGUGGGUUACAUAUGAUCUCGACGGCCAUGAUGACGCCGAUGUAGAUGACACUAUAGCAAAUCGUUGCAAAUUCAUUCGCUUCAAAAUCCUCAAUACUCAUCUCUCUGUAUACAAGUCAAAGCCAUCCAAAUAUAAAAUUUUCUCUGACUGCAUCGGCGCCUAUCUCCUGUAACUUGAAAUCGAGGCAUCAAACUAGGCACUAGAAGACUGCUCGAGGCUUAUUGAGGAGUUACAUUGUUGAGCGUGAGAAAAGCCCCUAACAUUGGGGUCACAAUUAUGCUGGGAACCUGAUUACCUACAGUUAUGUCCGGAUGCAAAAAGUAUAGGUCAUUGGUUAGGUCCAAGCCAUAGUUACUUCCUGUCCUACAUAAAAAUUCUAUAUAUUUUGAAAAUUGAAAAUUGAAAAUCUAACUGAAAGGUUGUAUGUUCUUUAUGUUCUUAACACACAUGUUAUGUCAAUCGGAUUUUAUUUAUUAUUUGAUCUAUAAACUUAUUUUUUAUACAUAA